AGGAGAUAAAAGCGAAAUGCUGGAUGAGUGGAGGUCUUCUUUCGGAGGAAAGGAUAAAGUUUUGCCAAUAGAGGUGGUGCGUGAAAUACUAAGAUGUGAGGAAGGUGGAGAAUGCUUUGUGCGAAACUUCAUAAUUCUCGUUAUAUCGACCUUGAUAGAGAAUACAAGGAACGGAUAUAUAAACUGCUCCUUCAUAAACAAUUUGAAGGACACAAAAGGAAUCAAAGAUUUAAAUUGGUGUGAAUAUGUGAUAAAGGCUCUAAUUGAGAAGAAAAGAGAAUGGGCUAAGGGAAAGGAAAAGGCAUUCACUGGUCCGCUCCUUUUCUUGAUGGUGUUGUAUGUGGAUAGGGUGGAAGUAUAUAGAAGAAGUGUGCCUAGGAAGGUUCCCGCUAUAAUGGGAUGGAGCACACAGUUAUUGAGGGAGAGGGAAUCUGAAGAAGUUGAGGCUGGAGGAUUUGGGUUAGGGUAUGUAGAUGAGAAGAUGACAAUGAACCAAGGGACAGGGAAAACUGUCACCGUAGAAGAGAGAACCGAGGAUGUGGGAUAGCCCUCGACGACAACGGGUGCAGAAGAGGAAGUUAUGCAACGCUUUGCUAAUAAGACCAGCUUAUUUGUUAAGACAACGACUGACAUCAUGAAUAUGUUAGAUGCAUCUCCCGAUGUACUUCGUGGCAGUGAAGAGUUGAAAGAGUUGGGGCAAGCGGCGAAUAUGCUCAUGGCUGUUUUACAGAAGAAAAAUUCUCCGGAUUUUGCCACACCUACACAGAUGGACAGGGAGAUGGAGGUGUUUUGGUCAAACCCAGUCAACCUUGAAAUAUUAGCUGAAGCUGAGGUGGACGGUAUAAAGAGAACAAAGGUUCUUCAAAGGAGGAAAGAUAUGCCAAACUUUAGUAUAGGUCUGACACAAGACGAUCCCCCAAAUGAAGUAAGCGGUGAUGCUCUCAUGGGGUUCGAGAAGAACAAUAUAAAUGAAAAGGGGAAGGGAAAAGUCGAUGCAAGUGUGCAGAUGCCUUUAAAUGAGCAAAUGGUAGCAGUUGGUGGUCAAUCAAGCUCAAAUAUAAAUCAUGUGCUGGAAAUCAGAAAGGACAUUGAAGAGACAGAAGAAUUGGGCCAGCUAAGAAGAAAACAAACGGCUGCAGCAACCCAGAAAUCACCCUACGUAAGAAGAGUUAUUGAUCUAAGUGCUGCAAUAACGAAAGAUGAACGCGCCAUGAGUGAUUGGAUACUUCUAGACGUUGCUGGAGAUGCGAAUGAGGUUAUUUUCAAAGCCCUUAACCAAUUGCAGCUUACCCACGGGCAACUGAUGAGCAUCAAGGAUGGUCGACACAUCGAGGAAAGUGUAAUCAAUACCUGGGCAUUCAUUCUUAACUGUAAAGAGACAGUUAGAAGCAGUGAGUCUACAAGUAGAUUAUUUGCUAAAGUCUUGCCUUGUCUUGACACACAGGCGGACCUGGGAUUGAAUGAAGACCGUGCUUACACACUUUUUGUGGAAGCCAUUGAGUUUGGGUUGGAGGCAAUUAAAGAGCACACUGCACUUUCAAAAGUUGAUUUGUUCUUCUUCCCGAUAAUGCAAGUGCAUCACUGCUAUGUAAUUUGUCUGAAUACAAAGCUGAAGCGUGUGGAUAUCAUUGACAGUUCAUCAACUAGCGUACGCAAAUUUGAUAAAUACGGGGAAAUGCCUCAAAACGUGGUAUGAAAUAAAAUUAUGUAACUAGUACUUGUGGUAAGGUGCAUUGUCGUUCUAAUUUUGUAAGUGAUAAAUGAAAAUUACAAGGCUAAGCAAAACUUUGUGCAGAUAAAUAUGUUUGUGAAGUACAUGGAUUCAAGGAAUAUGAUGACCAAAUCUGAUAAAGUGAGGAAGGCAACACCGAAGAGGCUAGGAAUGGAGUGGAGGCAGACGAAGAACAUUUAUGACUAUGGCAUCUUCACAAUGCGGCAUAUGAAGGCAUAUCAAGGUCAAGGCUUGCAAGGAUGGAAUAUUGGGCUAAAGGAAACCGACACCAAGCUGGUAGGGACGUUACGCGUGAAGUACAUUUCUGCAAUUCUCCUGAAUGAGAAGAAUGAGUACAUGCAUUCAAACUUGCUGAAGGCAAAGAAUUUUCUCAAGAAAGCUAAAGAAGAGAAUGAAAAGGUGGGAGAGAAGAAGAAGGGAGCAGCGCCCAAUUAAUCAAUUCAGCGAAAUUUGAAGUUGACAUCAGUUUGACUAUAUUAAAAUUACAGUUUACAAUGACUUAUUCACAUUAUUUUUAAUAAAAAACAUAUUUAUGCUUACUAUUUGUGUGUGAAAGUUGACGUUGAAUAUAGUUGGUUUUAAUAUAUGUUCCAGG